AUGAGUACAAUCCAUAUUUCUCAGGAGAAUGCUUUUACAAAUUUCGACCCAACCUUCCCUGGUACCACUGCAACUUGCAAUGGUAUUUCCACAUCGGAUACGUCGGAUUCAGAAGUCUGGAUGAUCGGGCAUAUUCGAAAGGAUGGGCCGUUUUGGAAGAAGGUGCCAUUUUCUCAAGGACAUGGAACUAUUUAUUUGGAAGAACAGAUGGAAAGUGGAGGAUACAGUUUUACAAAGGUAAACGGUAAGUGGUCAUCGUGGGGAUCCUGGGCCUCCUGCACCAAAUCAUGCGGAAGUGGAAAACAAUCAAGGAGAAGGACCUGCACAAACCCGGCACCAAAGAACGGAGGGUCCAGCUGCAGUGGUUCCUCCGUGCAAAGCCGCACGUGUAACACCAAGAGCUGUCCAGUAAACGGUGGUUGGUCGUCAUGGGGUUCCUGGGCAUCCUGUACCAAGUCAUGUGGAACCGGAAAACAGACAAGAACACGGUCCUGUACCAAGCCAAAACCAAGCAAUGGCGGGAAAAGUUGUAGUGGUUCCUCCGUUGCAGCCAAGUAUUGUAACACGCAGGCUUGUCCAGUUGCCAUAAAAACACCAGAGAAUCUAGUGACAGUACCACUUCAAGUAUUAGGAGCACCCGACAACAGAGGUACGGAGUUUAUCCUUGGAUUCAUGGAGAACAUCAAUCUAAACAUGAAGGUGGAGCUGUUUAUCACCACGAGUUCUAACAAACGUGUCAGUGUUAGUGUACAGUCACCGAAAUCCACGAAGCCAUACAUCCGGUCUAGCUUUACCAUAUCGAAGGGACAGGUCAAACAGCUUUUCCUUGACCAGAACAUCCGAAUGUCUGGUUCGGCUAAACAGACCAAGGGCAUCUUAAUCAGAGCCACAGACGAAGUGGUGGUGUACGGAAUCAAUAAAGAGCUCUACUCCUGUGAUGGCUUUGUCGCCUUGCCCACUGAUGUCAUUUCUAAUGAUUAUUAUGUAGUUUCCUGGUACCCGCCCACCUACAAAUCAGAGCUCCUCGUGGUCGGUGCACACGAUGGAACGUCGGUAAGUGUGCAACUCGGUAGCAGUCUUGGGUCUAAAUAUGUGUCAUAUGGAAGCAAAAAAUACUACAAGGGAAAUACAAUUAAAGAGAAGCUAGAUAAAUACAGCACAUGGCAGCUGACUACAGACAAGGGUGAUUUCACCGGCACAAGGGUGAUGGCAAACAAACCAGUGGCCGUGUUCUCUGGAAAUCGUAAAACAAACAUCGGUACCGGUACCUCUUCUGAUCACCUUGUUGAACAGAUGACACCGGUCAACACCUGGGGUAAGGAAUUUGCCACAGUUCCAAUCCCAAAACGGACCGUUGGGGACUACUUCAAGUUCGUCGGAAGUGAGAGCGGCACAAAGGUCACUAUUUCCGGUGGCUACCGAUCGUCUUUCACUCUAACAGCAGGUCAGGCGGUCCAGAAAAAGAUUCCUUCCACCGCUUAUUGUUAUAUCAAGGCGACAAAACCUAUCCUAGUCAUUCAGUUUGUUCAAUCCCAGCAGACGUCGACAGAGCUGUCAGAUCCAGCUAUGAUGAUUAUCCCUCCUAUUGAGCAAUAUGGCGCUGAUUAUACUUUCGCUACACCAAAAUAUUCCCUCGGUUCCUACAAUAACUAUUUCAUGUUCAUCGUCAAAAGUUCAGAUAUGAAGGGACUUCGUUUCGACGGAAAACCUUUUCCGACAUCCACCAAAUACAAUAAAAUCUCGGGCACGGAUCUCGUGGGCGGGUACAUCUCUGUGUCUCAGGGAUCACAUACCGUGAUGCACACGUCCCCUAUUUCGGUCUUUGGGGGAUACCUGUACGGACAGGCUAGAUACGAGACGUACGGAUUUACCACGGGGAUGAGGAUGGGAAAAGUCAACGCUCCAUGCAAGCCUACUAAGUCUGUAGAUGGAGACGGUAUUGACAACGAUUGUGAUGGCAAGAUUGACGAGGAAAUCUGCACAACAGAAAACAAGAACAAAGAUGACGAUGGCGAUGGUAAAGUCAAUGAAGAUUGUGCCAAACCGUUACCACUAAAUGGUAACUGGGCCGCCUGGUCGUCUUGGUCGAGUUGUUCUGUAGUAUGUAAAACUAGCUCCUCCAGCAAAGGAAUCAGAACCCGAACCAGAACGUGUAGUAAUCCCGCACCAAAAUAUGGCGGCACUUCCUGUUCCGGUAGCUCUAAAAUAACUGCAUCCUGUAUUCCUACAAAGUACUGCUCUGUAAACGGCGGAUGGAGCAGUUGGAGCUCCUAUAGCGCAUGCUCCGUGACCUGUGGUUACGGAACUCGAACCCGAGGAAGAUUGUGCAACAGUCCUGCACCAAAAGACGGUGGGAAAAAAUGUGUGGGAUCCUACAUUGAGAACCAGACCUGCAAUUCAAAAGGCUGUCCUGUGAACGGUAGCUGGGGUAAGUGGGGGGCCUGGGUGUCUUGCUCCCGCCCCUGUGGUACUGGCAAACAGACCCGUAAACGACUGUGUAACAACCCAGCAGCAAAGAAUGGCGGGAAGGAUUGCGCGGGAGUGGACACGGACGGGCGUUACUGCAACGUGCAGGAUUGUCCAGUGCACGGGAACUGGGGAUCUUGGGGAGCAUGGACCAAGUGUUCCAAGAACUGCGGGACGGGAAAACAGACCAGAUCAAGAGCGUGUUCCAAUCCGGCGCCAAAAUAUGGCGGGAAAGACUGUGCUGGAUCGGCUCUGGAUGGCCGUUACUGUAAUACACAGCAAUGUUCCGUGGACGGAGGCUGGACAGACUGGACGCCGUACAGUGAUUGCUCUGUGACGUGUGGAUUCGGAAAGAUGACCAGGCACAGAACGUGUACGAAACCUGAUCCGGCCCACGGCGGUAAAGACUGUGUAGGCGCCUCUGGAUACACCGUCACCUGCAAAAACAUCAAUUGUCCAGUUGACGGAGGAUAUUCCACAUGGAGCAAAUGGGACACUUGUUCGGUCACGUGCGGCGGAGGCACAAAGAAAAGAUUGCGCACAUGCACGAGUCCAACCCCUCAAUUUGGCGGAAAAGACUGUCAAGGAGUUGCCUCCCAAACCACGACCUGCAACCAACAGGAGUGUCCUAUUGACGGUCAGUUCGGCGAUUGGUCGGACUGGGGAACUUGCACAGUAACUUGCGGUGGAGGUGAGCAGAAGCGCAUCAGAACGUGUGCAAAUCCAGCGCCACAGUACGGUGGAAAACCGUGUAAUGGGGAAACAACUGAGGCUAGAGACUGCAACACACUCAAGUGUCCAAUUGAUGGAGGAUUUACCGAAUGGACUCAGUUUGACACUUGUUCUGUGACAUGUGGAGGUGGAGCCCAAAGAAGAACACGCUCCUGUACAAAACCAGUCCCUCAACAUGGUGGCAAAGAUUGUUCCGGUGACGAAACGCAUGCGCAGGAUUGUAAUGAUCACCCUUGCCCCAUUGACGGAGGGUAUACGACUUGGACUGACUGGGAGAAGUGUUCUCUUACUUGCGGGGGCGGACUUCAGAAGCGCAAGCGCGAGUGUACUAACCCGGCCCCUCAGUUCGGCGGAUCCAAGUGUUCAGGAGCGGACGCUGAAAUCCAGGACUGCAAUACCCAAAACUGUCCAAUUGAUGGGGAAGUCUCUAAUUGGAGCGACUGGGGCACGUGCAGCGUGUCGUGUGGCGGUGGGUCUCAGGACAGGACACGCACGUGCACAAACCCCAAACCUCAAUAUGGUGGAGCAGAUUGUACCGGAAACUUGAAGGAGACUCAAUCGUGCAACACACAAAACUGCCCAAUUGAUGGCGGGUACAGUGAUUGGAGUAAAUGGGACGCAUGCUCAGUGACUUGCGGUGGAGGGUCUCACAGUCGAUCACGCACAUGUUCAAACCCCACCCCACAAUACGGUGGAAAGACCUGUAGCGGAGACCCCAAGCAAGAAAGAAGCUGCAACACUCAGGAGUGCCCAAUUGACGGAGGUUAUUCGGACUGGGCUGAUUGGACACAGUGUACACAGACGUGCGGGGGCGGAUCUCAGGAGCGUGAACGAACAUGCACGAAACCCGCCCCACAAUUUGGUGGCAAACCUUGUAGCGGUGUUGCAGACGAAAUUCAAGAUUGUAACACUCAUAACUGUCCAGUUGAUGGAGGAUUUACAAAAUGGUCAGACUGGAAACCAUGUUCAGUCAGUUGUGGGGGUGGAUCUCAGAGUAGGUCAAGGUCGUGUUCAAAGCCCAUUCCCCAGUAUGGCGGAGCCCCAUGUAUCGGUGACACAGAAGAGACGCAGCACUGUAAUACACAAUUCUGUCCAAUCGACGGUGAUUUCACUGAUUGGUCGAAAUGGGACAUGUGCUCUGUGACGUGUGGUGGAGGUACACAGAAACGAACCCGUUCAUGUACUAGCCCCGCCCCACAAUACGGCGGUGCGGCUUGUUCCGGUGACAAUGAGGAGAUGCAGGAUUGCAACACAAUGAACUGUCCAAUUGAUGGAGACUUCUCUGAUUGGUCACCCUGGGACACGUGUUCAGUGACGUGUGGUGGAGGAACACAAGGUCGAACUAGAACAUGCACUAACCCGGCACCACAAUAUGGUGGCGCAGACUGUUCCGGUGAUACGUCAGAGUCUCAGGCGUGUAAUGUACAUCAUUGUCCAAUUGAUGGCGCAUACAAUGACUGGUCAGUUUGGGACACGUGUUCUGUCACAUGUGGUGGAGGAAGUCAAGGUCGAACUAGAACAUGCACAAACCCUGCACCACAAUAUGGCGGAGCGGAUUGUUCGGGAGCGGCAUCUCAGUCUCAAGACUGCAAUACAUUCCACUGUCCAAUUGAUGGUGGCUUUACUGAUUGGUCGACUUGGGACACAUGCUCCGUGACGUGCGGUGGUGGAUCGCAAAGGCGUAGCAGAACCUGUACAAACCCCGCCCCUCAAUACGGAGGAGAGGCCUGCGUGGGUGACGAAAGCGAAAUGCAAGACUGCAACACCCACUUCUGUCCGAUUGAUGGUGCAUUCACUGAUUGGUCGGCAUGGGACACGUGCUCAGUCACGUGUGGAGGUGGAUCCCAGGGGAGAAGUAGGAUGUGUACAAACCCCGCUCCUCAGUACGGAGGUGCCGCCUGCACGGGCGAUAACUCCGAAGAUCAGAACUGUAACGAACACCCAUGUCCAAUUGACGGCGGAUACACACUGUGGAGUGAUUGGUCAGUUUGUUCCGUCACUUGUGGCGGAGGAUUACAAAACCGCAGUCGAACCUGCACAAAUCCUGUGCCACAAUACGGUGGUGCCACCUGCAGCGGGGAUUCUGGCGAGAUUCAAGACUGCAAUACCCACAACUGCCCGAUUGACGGAGGCUUCACGGAUUGGUCAGCCUGGGACACGUGCUCUGUCACUUGCGGUGGAGGAUCUCAGGGAAGAACACGAAGUUGUACUAACCCCGCACCGCAAUAUGGCGGCGCCAGCUGUGUCGGAGAUGAAAAUGAUGAGCAGGAUUGCAACACCCACCACUGUCCAAUUGAUGGGGGUUUCUCUGAUUGGUCAGUCUGGGACACAUGUUCUGUCACGUGUGGUGGAGGAAGUCAAAGUAGAAGCAGAACGUGCACAAAUCCGGCACCGCAAUAUGGCGGCGCUGACUGUUCCGGCGACACGUCAGACACUCAGGACUGCAACACACACAACUGUCCAAUUGACGGAGGCUUCACUGAUUGGACUAACUGGGAUAGGUGUUCUGUGACAUGUGGGGGCGGUUCUCAAGGUCGUACAAGGUCAUGCACAAGCCCAGCUCCUCAGUAUGGUGGUGCCCAAUGUGUGGGUGACGUCUCCGAGGAACAGGAUUGUAACACACACAACUGUCCAAUUGAUGGUGCGUAUACAGAUUGGAGUGACUGGGAUCUAUGUUCUGUCACAUGCGGGGGCGGAUCACAAAACAGAAGUCGUAGCUGUACCAACCCACUGCCACAAUACGGAGGGGCGGAUUGUAGUGGCGAUGACCAGGAACGACAGGACUGUAACACACAAAACUGUCCCAUUGACGGCGACUUCACUGAUUGGUCAGCCUGGGACACGUGUUCUGUCACUUGCGGUGGAGGAACUCAAGGCCGAACCAGAACUUGCACUAACCCGGCACCACAAUAUGGCGGCGCUGACUGUUCCGGUGAUCUGUCAGAGAGUCGAGAUUGUAAUACAGACUUUUGUCCAAUUGAUGGCGGUUACACUGAUUGGACAGUGUGGGAUACGUGCACUGUCACGUGUGGUGGAGGUUCGCAGACACGCACACGCACGUGCACCAACCCGGCACCACAAUAUGGUGGAGCGGACUGUGCCAGUUUCGGAGAUAAUGCAGAAACUCAGGAUUGUAACACACAAGCCUGUCCUAUUGAUGGUGGCUUCUCUGAUUGGGCUGACUGGGAUGACUGCAGUGUCUCCUGCGGGGGCGGAUCACAAAGCCGUGCCAGAACCUGUACUAACCCCACUCCUCAAUAUGGUGGCGCUGAUUGUUCUGGUGAUCUCUCACAGUCUCAGGACUGCAAUACUCAGUACUGCCCAAUUGAUGGAGGAUAUACCAACUGGUCCCAGUGGGACACCUGCACAGUUACUUGUGGGGGCGGGUCUCAGGAGAGGUACCGUAACUGCACCAACCCAGCCCCACAAUAUGGAGGGGCGGAUUGCAUGGGAGUGGACGCAGAGAUUCAAGUCUGCAACACAGACAACUGUCCCAUUGACGGUGGUUACACUAAUUGGACACUUUGGGAUACAUGCACGGUAACAUGUGGUGGAGGUACACAGUCACGUACACGCACGUGCACCAACCCGGCACCACAAUAUGGUGGAGCGGACUGUGCCAGUUUCGGAGAUAAUGCAGAAACUCAGGAUUGUAACACACAAGCCUGUCCAAUUGACGGUGGUUACACUAAUUGGACACUUUGGGAUACAUGCACGGUAACAUGUGGUGGAGGUACACAGUCACGUACACGCACGUGCACCAACCCGGCACCACAAUAUGGUGGAGCGGACUGUGCCAGUUUCGGAGAUAAUGCAGAAACUCAGGAUUGUAACACACAAGCCUGCCCAAUUGAUGGCGACUUUUCUGAUUGGUCAACCUGGGACACGUGUUCUGUCACGUGUGGGGGAGGAAGUCAGAGUAGAACCAGAACGUGCACAAACCCAGCACCACAAUAUGGCGGCGCUGACUGCACCGGUGAUCUUUCAGAGAGUCGGGAUUGUAACACAGAUUUUUGCCCGAUUGACGGUGGUUACACUAAUUGGACACUUUGGGAUACAUGCACGGUAACAUGUGGUGGAGGUACACAGUCACGUACACGCACGUGCACCAACCCGGCACCACAAUAUGGUGGAGCGGACUGUGCCAGUUUCGGAGAUAAUGCAGAAACUCAGGAUUGUAACACACAAGCCUGUCCAAUUGAUGGCGACUUUUCUGAUUGGUCAACCUGGGACACGUGUUCUGUCACGUGUGGGGGAGGAAGUCAGAGUAGAACCAGAACGUGCACAAACCCGGCACCACAAUAUGGCGGCGCUGACUGCACCGGUGAUCUUUCAGAGAGUCGGGAUUGUAACACAGAUUUUUGCCCGAUUGACGGUGGUUACACUAAUUGGACACUUUGGGAUACAUGCACGGUAACAUGUGGUGGAGGUACACAGUCACGUACACGCACGUGCACCAACCCGGCACCACAAUAUGGUGGAGCGGACUGUGCCAGUUUCGGAGAUAAUGCAGAAACUCAGGAUUGUAACACACAAGCCUGUCCUAUUGAUGGCGACUUCUCUGAUUGGUCAACUUGGGACACGUGUCCUGUCACGUGUGGGGGCGGAAGUCAGAGUAGAACCAGAACGUGCACAAACCCGGCACCACAAUAUGGCGGCGCUGACUGCACCGGUGAUCUUUCAGAGAGUCGGGAUUGUAACACAGAUUUCUGUCCAAUUGACGGUGGUUACACUAAUUGGACACUUUGGGAUACAUGCACGGUAACAUGUGGUGGAGGUACACAGUCACGUACACGCACGUGCACCAACCCGGCACCACAAUAUGGUGGAGCGGACUGUGCCAGUUUCGGAGAUAAUGCAGAAACUCAGGAUUGUAACACACAAGCCUGUCCAAUUGAUGGUGGCUUCUCUGAUUGGUCAGCCUGGGACACGUGUUCUGUCACGUGUGGUGGAGGGAGUCAGAAUAGAACGAGAACGUGUACAAAUCCGGCACCACAAUAUGGCGGCGCCGACUGUUCCGGUGACACGUCAGAUAGUCAGGAUUGUAACACACAGGCUUGUGCAGUGAAUGGAGGUUGGAAUGAUUGGUCAGACUGGGGCACGUGCACAGUCACGUGUGGAAGUGGACAGCAGUCCCGAUCCAGGACGUGCACCAAUCCUGCACCAACUAACGGUGGACAGGACUGUGUCGGCGAUUCUAGUGAAUUCAAGACCUGCAACAUGAGCUCAUGCGGGCCACCAACCAAUGGAAAUAGCGGGCAGUGCCCUGCUGGCUACUUCGGUUGUUUUUCUGGAGCCAUGACGUGCAUUGAGCAGGCGUUUGUCUGUGACUGUUCCGGAGAGUGUGAUGACGGAAGUGACGAAGACGAGAAGUGGGCUGGAUGUCCCGCCGGACAUAUCAAUAGCUGUAUCGCCAAGGCCGGAGCAGAGGUCAGCAGAAUGGCUCCCUGGGUGACCUUCAUAAUGGCCGUCAUUGCCGUGUUGAAGAACGUGAUAUUCUAACACUUACAAAUUAUUGACGCUUUACUGCAGUAACGAGAACUCUACCAUAUAAUUAUUAUCAAAUUAACACUGUCACUUUACCCUCCGAUGCUUUCUGAUGGAUAUUUGCGUCUCUGUGUUGUUCUUGUACACCAAACUAAUACAUAUGCGCAUGUCUGUAUCAUGUCACUGUAAUAAAU